AUGAAUACAUCAAAAUUUCUCAACGAAACGACUGAAAUCGAACGAAAUAUCGAUGAAAUCUCUGUAAACGUCCGACAAGUUCAAACAAUUCAGACAAGACUAUUAACAGCAACUUCAGCACAACAAGAAACAACAUUUUCUCAAGAACGCGACCGACUCACUGAUAUAAUACUAAAAUCUCUUAGUGAAACAAAGGAUCGUAUUAGAAAGAUUGAGUCAGAGAAUAUAAAACUUCAAAGAAUUAAUCAUCCAGAUGUUACACUACGAGAGAAUCGUCAUGCACUCCUGAAAAGAAAGUUCACAAAUGCUUUGAAUACUUACCGAGAAAUAGAAGAUUCAUACAUGCAACUACAAAAAGAUAGAAUUAUCAGACAAUAUCGAUUUGUGAAGCCUGAAGCAACACAAGAAGAAAUUGAAAGUUACCUUCAAAAUCCAAAUGGUAAUUCCUUUUUUUCACAAACAUCGUUGGGAAUCGGAGAUGCUAAAGCAGCAUUAGCAGAAGUACAGAGACGUCAUGAUGAUAUCCAACAUAUUGAAAAAACCAUAGCAGAAUUACUUAAAUUAUUUGAUGAGAUACGACUACACGUUGAAGAAAGUGAUCCAAAGAUACAAGAAAUAGAAACUACCGCAGUAGAACAUGUAGUAGAGAUGGAAAAAGUGGUCGUCACCUUGGAAGAAGCAACUGCGGAUGCACAAAGUGCAAGGAAUAAAAAAUGGAUUUGUGCUA